AUGUACAGUCGGCAACAAGACGAUGUGAAGAAGAGGGAUGAGAAGCGAAUCAAGGGAAGUAACCGUGUCUGCUUCCUUCAUUUUCAUUUCUUUAUUUUCUUUAUUUAUUCUUUACUUCCUUCCGGAUUUUACCUUUUUUUUUUACAGUUUUGUUCCAUUUUAAUUUAUUCAAUGUUUAAACAAGGCAUUUACUUGUUUAUUUCCCUAGUUACGUCGUGUUUUUCUUUCUCCUCCCUCCCCCUCUCUCUUUUUAUCUACCUAUCAGUUUCUACUGGUGAACCAUUUUUCAUUUAUUCAUUCUUUCUUUCGAAUUAUUUUUUCUAUUCUUUUCAUCCAUUGUUUUAUUGUUUUGCCUCUUAUAUGUGUUGUACUAGUUUUUAUCUCUUUUUUCUCUUUCUUUUUCUCUUUCAUUCUUUCUUUAUUUCGAUUUAUUUUUCUCUUCUUUCCACCCAUUGUUUUAUUGUCUUUCCUCUUUUAUGUGUCGUACUAGUUUUCCCUCUUCUUUCUUUCUUUCUUUCUUUCUUUCUUUCUUAUACUUUAUUCUGCUGGACUAGUAUUUUUACUUUGUUUGUUUUUUUUCUUUGUUUCUUUGUUUUUUUUUCUUUCUUUUUUAUUGCUUUGUAUCUUUGUUUCUUUUUUUCUUCCUUUUUUUUUCUUUCUUUGUUCCUUUCAGUUUUUCUUAUCCACACCAGUCUUCUUCCUUUUUGGACCUCUUUCUCUUUUUUCAUUAUCAAUUACAUUUUCUAUACAAUAAAUUUCUCAUUCUCUUUUUUAGUGAAAAUCUUUCUUUCUUUCUUUCUUUCUUUCUCAUCCACUCUUGAGCAUUUUAUCUUUUUUCUCUUGGUAACAUCUUUCUUUCUUUCUUUCUUUCUUUUCGGUCUAACCUUCUUUUCCUUUGGCAGCGCACAUUUCAUUCUUUCUUUCCUUUAUAGUAUAUUUUUCAUUCCUCCUGUUAUUGAUCGUUUUUUCUUCUUCUGUAAAUGUUUUCUGUCUUUGUUACUUCUUCUCGAUUUCCUCCUCCUAAGGAUUCUCCCACAUACAUAUCUCUUCUUUCCUGUCUUUUUUACUUAUACUACUCCGAAAUUAACCUUUGUUGUUGUUGUUCUUCAACUUACCUUUCCUUCCUUCCUUUCUUCCUUCCUUCCGUCUUUCCUUCCUUCUUUUCUCCUUUCCUUCCAUCCUUCCAUCCUUCCUUCCUUCCUUCUUUCCGUCCUUCCUUCCUUCCUUCCUUCCUUCAUUCCACCCUUCCUUCCUUCUUUUUUCCUUCCUUCCUUCCUUCCUUUUCCCUUCCAUCCUUCCUUCCUUCCUUCUUUACCUUUCCUUCUUCCUUCCUUAUUCCUUCCUUCCCUUCCUUCCUUCCUUCCUUCCUUCCUUCCUUUCUUUCUUUUGUUCCUUCCUUCCUUUCCUUCCUUCCUUCCUUCCUCCUUUUCUUCCAUCCUCCUUCCAUUCCCUUCCUUCUUCUUUUCCCUUCCUUCCUUCUUCCUUCCUUCCAGCCUUCCUUCCUUCCUUUCCUUCUUCCUUCCUUCCUUCCUUUCUUCCAUCCUUCCUUCCUUCCUUCCUUCCAUCCUUCCUUCCUUCCUUCUUCCCUUCCUUCCUUCUUCCCUUCCUUCCAGCCUUCCUUCCUUUCUUUCUUCCUUCCUUCCUUCCUUCCUCCUUUUCUUCCAUCCUUCCUUCUUUACUUCUUCCCUUCCUUCCUUCUUCCCUUCCUUCCAGCCUUCCUUCCUUUCUUUCUUCCUUCCUUCCUUCCUUCCUUCCUCCUUUUCUUCCAUCCUUCCUUCCUUCCUUCUUUACUUCUUCCCUUCUUUCCUUCUUCCCUUCCUUCCAGCCUUCCUUCCAGCCUUCCUUCCUUUCUUUCUUCCUUCCUUCCUUCCUUCCUUCCUUCUUUUCCUUCUUCCUUCCUUCUUUUUCCUUCCUUCCAGCCUUCCUUCCUUUCUUUCUUCCUUCCUUCCAUCCUUCCUCCUUUUCUUCCAUCCUUCCUUCCUUCCUUCUUUACUUCUUCCCUUCCUUCCUUCUUCCCUUCCUUCCAGCCUUCCUUCCUUUCUUUCUUCCUUCCUUCCUCCUUUUCUUCCAUCCUUCCUUCCUUCCUUCUUUACUUCUUCCCUUCCUUCCUUCUUCCCUUUCUUCCAGCCUUCCUUCCAGCCUUCCUUCCUUUCUUUCUUCCUUCCUUCCUUCCUCCUUUUCUUCCUUCCGUCCUUCCUUCCUUCUUUACUUCUUCCCUUCCUUCCUUCUUCCCUUCCUUCCUUCCUUCCUUCUUUUUUCUUUCCUUCCUUCCUUGAUUACUCUGAUGUAACCCUUCUUCAUCCCUCCCUCUCAUCCUCAUCCUUCUUUUCUUUUUCUUUUCUUCCUUCUCUCUCUUUCUUACUCUUUAUACAAUUUUGUUACAUUUAUCUCUUCUUCUUUUUUCAUUAUCCUCCUCCUCCUGCUCUUUCUUAUUUAUCCAUUACACUCUCCCUUCACCUCUUUCUUCUUCUUCUUCUUCUUCUUCUUUACCCUUCCGUCUUUAGUCUCAAUUUCCUCCUCCUAAGGAUUCUCCCACAUACAUAUCUCUUCUUUCCUGUCUUUUUUACUUAUACUACUCCGAAUUUUUCUUUCUUCCAUCCUUCUUUCAUCUAUAUCUUCCUGUUCCUCAUUGGCUUUUCUUCAACCUUAUUUCCUCUUCAUAUCUUUAUUAAGCGGAUUCAUUAUUUAUUUUUUUCUUUUAUUCUUUUCUUUCUUUCUUUCUUUCUUUCUUUCUUUCUUUCUUUCUUUCUUUCUUUCUUUCUAAAUCUUCACUUUUCCCUUUGUCUCCUUAAUGGGUUUUUCUCAUUGCCUGUUCGUUCUCUUAUUCUUUCUUUAUGGUUUCGUCUUUCUUUCUUUCUUUCUUUCUUUCUUUCUUUCUUUCUUUCUUUCUUUCUUUUCCUACUCCGUCUUCAUUACUGGAUCGUGAUCUGUCCUAUUUUCUUCUUUUACUUCUUCUUUCCUCCCUUUACUCAUUAUUUCUCUCUUUUCUUCCUUCUCCUUCUUUUCUUUCCUUUUCUUUCUUUCUUUCUUUCUUUCUUUCUUUCUUUCUUUCUUUCUUUCUCUCCUCCGUCUCCGUGGUUUCUUUCUUUCUUUCUUUCUUUCUUUCUUUCUUUCUUUCUUUCUUUCUUUCUUUUCCUACUCCGUCUUCCUUACUGGAUCGUGAUCUGUCCUAUUUUCUUCUUUUACUUCUUCCUCCCUCUCUUUACUAGAUAUCGCUCAUUAAUUCUCUCUUUUCUUUCUCCUCCUCCUUUUCUUUCCUUUUCUUUCUUUCUUUCUUUCUUUCUUUCUUUCUUUCUUUCUUUCCUUUUCUUUUCUUUCUUUCUUUCUUUCUUUCUUUUCCUACUCCGUCUUCCUUACUGGAUUGUGGUCUGUCCUGUUUUCUUUUUCUUCUCCUUUUCUUCUCUUUCCUUUCUUUUCCUUUCUUACUUACUUUCUUUCUUAUUACAUUUCCACUUUACCCUUUUAAUGGAUCUUGCUUAUUAUUUUUGUUUUUCUUUCCUUCUCUUUUUUUUGCCUUUCUUUCUCUUUUUACUUUCUUUUCAUUUUAUUCUUUCUUCUCAAAAGUUUUACUUAAUCUUCCAAUUCACGUCCAACGAAAAUAUCUCCAGGAUCAUCCUUUUUUUUCCACUAGAACUGGACCUUUCCCGGAACUUCUUUCCUCCCUGUCUCCUCACAAAAAAAAAACGAAAAAAAAACGAAACUCGCUGCAGAAGCAUCAGCGGUAGCAGCAGCAGGAAGUCUUAA